AUGGCGAAGCUCGGAUCAUCAACGACCACCCCUGUAACGACCAAGAUGGAUUCGCACAUUUACAACACCCCUUCGUCCAGCCAAUUCAAUACCAGCGGGAGCUCCGCCGAAACUACCGAUUCGCUCUCAUCCACAGUGUUCGUGGACGUGAACGCCUACCUCCGGCUGCCCCUGGUCUUCUUCAACAUGCUGGUCAUGUUGCUAGGCCUACUGGGCUUCUGGAGCUCCCUGUACGCGCUCGUGACGGACUCCUCGGCACCACCCGGCGCGCCGUCGCGCAACUUUGUCGUGGUGCUGUUCCAGAGACCAGAGAUCCCCGCGUUCUUGAUCUCCUCGGUGGUGUUCGCGACCGCCUCGGUCGGCUUUCUGGGCGCCCUGCGCGAGAACGUCACCUUGUUAACCAUCUACGUGCACCUGCUCACCGUUCUGGCCAUUCUGCAGGCUCUCGCCUCGGUGCUCGUCUUCUAUAUGCCUUCGGCGGCGCGCAGUUACGUCGCGCAGUCUGUGUCUCGCGACAUGAUCGCAGCGUACCGCGACGACGCCAACCUGCAGAGCUUCGUCGACUGGAUGCAGCUGGAGUACCGCUGCUGCGGAGUCACCACCGAGGGCUUCCGCGACUGGAACCUCAACCCGUACUUCGCCUGCAACAAGAGCAACGACAGCCGCGAGAGGUGCGACGUGCCGCCCUCGUGCUGUCGCCGGAACGAGACGUCCGACGCCGCCGUCCGGCUGCCGAACGUCAUGUGCGCCAAGAGCGUGUUGCAGGUGUCGGACCAAGUGGCCUGGACUCGCAUCUACACGCGAAGCUGCUCGGACGCCUUGUUCGCCCGGAUGCAGGACCACGUGAUGCCCGCCUCCAUGAUAAUGCUGGGAUUGUGCCUUACCACGCUGCUCUUGGCGUCGCUGGCCAUCGGCACGCGAGAGCAGGUGCUGAUGCUGUCCGCCAUCUACGACAUCUACUACGGGCACCUGGAGGAAGGCCAGGAAAUCAUGGAGGCCCGAAACACAAGCGGUCUCCGUAUGGCCCUGGCGCAGCGUGCAAACCGUGAGGAAGAGCCGCCGAGUAAAUACAACUUCUGGGAACUGCUCGGCGACAAAAAAUGA